AUGUCUGGUUCUGAAACCAACAGCCAGGGGCAGAAUGGCAGUGUGUUUGGCUCAAAUCCUAACCCUUCAUCAUUCGGACCUCCCACAACCAACAACGCAAGCCAGCCGAGCAACACAACGCCAACGCCAACGCCAAAUGCCUCUGUGACGAUGUCAAGUUUAGCAAAGGCCGGGGGGCAGCAAAAUGCUCAACAUAGUCAGUCUCUCUUCGGCCCGCCUGUGUCUUCUACGAGUACAGCCCCGUCUGCGAACGGCAGUGCCUUUGGACCCUCGCCUAUACCGCCAACACCCGGUUCUACUGCGCGUGCCAGCGUAUAUGGGAAUGGAACCUCUGCGACGACAGACCCAGCCGCCACUGGUAGCAGUUUGUUUGGGCCCGCGCCUGUUCAAGGAGGUCUCGGAACUGCCGCUGACACAACCAACUCUUCAUCGACAGGAGAUGGCUUGUUUGGCUCGACACCAACUGCUACAGAUCCCACUUCCAAUUGCAGUAGCUCGUCCGGGUCGAGGCUCGGGUCGAGGCUCGUGUCAACAACGGCACCUUCAAAAACAGCUGCGAAUCUUUUUGGAAUUCUAACCCCGGCAGGAACCGGUGCUUUGACCACAGAUUUUAGCAGCAGCUCUGCUCUGAACCAAUCGCAAGCAACCCUCCAAAUGGCCGCUGCUUCCAAUACAUCGGAUGCAACACUCACGAACGAAACAGAAGGUUCAGCCUUACCGGAACGCAGCGUGAUCGACAUUGUCACCGACGGUGAUCUCUUGCUGGAAGUAGGGGGUGACGAAGAAUCUGAGUCGUCCCAACCCCAGCGGUUCCGUGUCAGUUCCUCGGCGCUCAGCCGCCACUCGCCAGUCUGGAAGAAUAUGCUCUUUGGUCCAUGGAGGGAAUCAAAGCAGGUCAAUGCCGAAUCCGAACAGUGGAUCGUAGAGCUACCCGGUGAUCCUCUCAAACCAAUGCAGAUUGUCCUGGGUAUCAUACAUAAUCGGUUCAGCCAUGUCCCUCCCUUUCUCAGUCUGGACGAGCUUUACAAGCUCCUCAUUCUCACAAACAAGUACGAUAUGACUGAUGUGUUGAAACUGUGGCGUGCACAAUGGACAUCUGUAGCUCAUGGGGACUUAUCUUCGGCGGACACACUGAAGUCCUUGUUCAUUGCGUGGGAACUGGGAGAUGCAAACCUUUUCAUACUAAGGGUUGAGGAGAUUUCCCUAAAUGCCAACUUCGAGAACGAAACACUAUUCGGUACGAGAAAGACAUCGUUCAGAAAGUCUAUCCUAGCAGGAGCCCCAGUGGCUGGAGAUGCAGAAUGGAUCGAUCUUGAGCAUCAAGACUAUCUGGGCCCACAUGAUAUGGUUGAUAUAAUCGGUGCAGUUCGGAAGGAAGCGCUUUUGAUGAUUAUGACGCCCCUUACCGAGGACUAUUCAACACGCCGAUUUUCGAGCUUUCGAACGGCUUGUUCUGGCCGUCCCCAAUCCGAUGCGCCCAGUGUAUUCGGAAGAGGGUCUCCGGCCCUUUGCGAUGCAGCCAUCCUGGGCGGUCUCAUGAUUCACAUAGACAACAGGUUCACGAACACGACCAUGCUCCCCUUCGUUACGGAAAGCGUUGUGCAGGUGGCAUCCCGCGUGUUCCCAAAAAUAGAAAAGAUCGAGGUCUUGCCUGCACAUCCGCUGUGCUCCUUGAACGAAAGGUAUGCGACCCUCAGCGAGAUGAUUCAAAAUGGUCUUUACGGUCUCGUAGCGAAGCACCUCAAGCCGUGGCACAAGAAGCAUUUAUAUGACCAGAGGAAAAAGACAGGAAUUGAGUUUUCCAGGGCAGGACAGAAGAAAUAUGAAAAACAAGCGAAUAACCGCCGGUAUUGGUGA